CUCCGGUUACUUAUGCUGUUGUUGGCUACCUAGUACCCAUCCUUAUUAAAGUUUCAUGUGAUUCCGCAGUCGCUGGUGAACAAUCUCAAUGCCCUCAUUUGUCGAUGACAGAUUGUUGGCUGCUUACAUUACACAAGGUGGCAGUGAAGCAUCAUGGAAGCAGUUACGGAAUGGCUGGUUCCAGGCCUCGAUAAUUCUAAAUCUAAGGCUGAUUCACGUCAUAUGACGAUUGAUUCGAGUAUGCUGCGCAAAAAUGAUCCUCUCUGCCUAUUCUCCCCUCUCAGCAUUGGCAUGGACUAAUCAUGCUCUGCCAGUUUUUGAAGAUUGCUGUUUGCGGUUACAAUCUGAGAAUGAUCCGGCUUGGACUGGGGAGACAGGUUGAAACAGUAUCUCCAGCAGACCUGGUCUCUUUCCUGAAGCUGUUAUGGGCUGUAUACUUUCUCGGAUUUGGAGGGACCGCGACAGCACGAGCGUUAGCUCUGUUCUUCUACGCAAGGGCUCUGAGCCAAGGUCCCUCUCGCUUCCGAUAUGCGCUCUGGGUAGUGCAUGGGUUGAAUAUCGCAUGGUCGAUCAGUACUAUCCUCAUGAUCUAUCUCACAUGUUCUCGGAUCGAGAAAAACUGGAUAACAGAUCCGCUGGGCACCUGCACAGAUACAAAGAGCUUGUGGUUGGGCUUUGGAACGCCGGUUUCCAUUAUCGAUGUCCUCGUCCUACUCUUGCCCUUGCCCGUGCUCUGGAAGCUGCACUUGAGGCUCAUGCGGAAGCUUCUUCUAGCCGGAGUAUUCACUUGUGGAUACGUGGCGUCUAAUCGCAAUUGUUCAAGUCAGUCCGCACUUAUGAUCAUUGAUGACUUGAUAUCGGCCUGUCGAUCCUCUCCGAGCAGGCAUGGGCACCUUGCCAUUUCGGGACAAGCGCAUGUGCUCCAUGCUCCACCAUGAGACGUCAUUCAAGGUUGUUGAUUAGCGAUAGUACUAGAAACUUGUCGCUUCGGGGCAAUAAUAUAGUUGAAUUAUCACUCGCGCAGCUUACGUGAGCCAAU